AUUAAAACUUACAUUGUAUCAUCUACGCAAAAGGAAAAGGAGUCUGAGGGAUUCAAAUGUCCGGUAUGUCGUAAAGUUGUUUCAUACGGCAAAACACCUGGAAAACAAGAAGCAUGGGCAUGUACUCUACCGACGAACCAUUUUGUGAUGUCGAUGUUGGAUAAGCGAGCAAUUCAAAGGUCCGAAAAAUUGUGUAACUCAUGUCAAAUAAACAAUGACACAAAAACGGCAAUUUCUUGGUGUACUAUUUGUGAAGAGGCAUUUUGUGAACAGUGUGAUAAAUGUCACAAAUCUUUCAAAUUUUCAGCAAAACACAAAAUUAUUUUAAUCAAUGAAAUUCAGUCAGGAAAUUCCAAUUUAAAAAUAUCGGAAGUGCUGAAUUGCGAAGAGCAUUCUGCAAAGAUUGUGGAGGUUUACUGCGUGGACCAUUCACAACCAUGCUGCACCUUAUGUGCAAAACUUUCACAUCGCAAAUGUGAAAACGUGACCUCAAUCGAAAAUGCCGCCAAAGGUAUAAAGCAAUCCAAACUUACAACUUCUUUGGUUAAAAAACUUGACGAAAGGAAUAAGGAACUUAAUGAAAUAAUUGAGAAUCGGAAAGAUAGUAUGACUUUUUUUGAAAACACUUCUGGAAACAUUAUUCAAGAAGUGGCCACACUAAAAAGGGUAGUUAUAGAUCAUUUAGACAAACUAGAAGAGAACAUAAAGGUCGAAGUGAACUCGUCAAAGAAGCGUGUGGUUAUGAAAUUUACCGAUGAAAUUAACACUUUUUCGAGUUAUAAAUGUACCUCGGCUAACUGGCAGUCAGUUCUCAAUCGAUCUAUAGAACAAGGAUCAGACCAACAGUGUUUAAUGGAAGUCAACAAAGUUGGUCCAAAAAUUACUAUACUUGAGAAGGAAAUGGAAGAAGAUAUAAAAAAAGAUGAAGAAAAUGACUAUUAAGUUUGUCCCAUCUGAACUAAUUGAGAAAUUUAAAAGCAUCGUAGAGUCGUUGGGUUCCGUAGAUAUAAUAGAAGACAAGUUUCCAUGUACACUAUCCAUUGGGGGUAAUAGAGAAAAGGUAAAUUUUCGUAGCGGCGACAUUAAAGUUUUGCAUAGAAUUAAUGCUACUGAAAGUGGUUUAAUGAGUGCAAUAUUCAUUGCUGAUAACCUAGUAAUAACGAGCUAUUACAAAAGUAAUGUUGCAAAAUACAGCCUCGACGGAAAAUUUCUGCAAGCUUUAGCUGUAGAAAAGUAUCCACUGGAUAUAACACAAGUUGACGGAACUCAAGUCGCUAUUUCUACGUAUAGAAGUAACAAAAUUUUGUUUGUUGACAUUGCGGAAAUGAAGUUAAUACGAAAAUUGGAUUUUUCGGAUUUACCCGUAUAUGGAUUAUGCUAUGCCGAAGGAAACUCAUUUAUUAUAUCUGAUGGAUCCACACUGACAUGGGUAAACUCAAAAGGGAAGAUAGUAAAACAGAAAACAACACGUGGCGAUUCGUUUUAUGUUUCAACAUCAGAUAUAAAAGAUCAUAUAUAUGGAGAUGGAGAUAAUUCCGUAUCACGUGUAGUAGGGCAAACAACCAAGUUUACGUAUACAAAUGAACAGUUGUCCUCCCCACGGGGAAUCGGAAUAGACUUUGAGAGCAAUAUCUAUAUUGCUGCAUGGAGCUCUAAGAACAUUCAUCAAAUAACGGAUAAUGGGAAAUUAAUACGAACACUUCCGAUUGAAACUUUUGGAAUUCGAAGACCAUGGACGAUACGUUUUGCUCCUAAUAGUAAUAAAUUUGUCGUGACAUGUAGUUCUUCGGGAAAAGUUGUACUGUGUGAAAUUAGUUGAAGCAGUGUUCGAUAUAGAACGAAUAGGAAAACAGUUCUAUGUACCCUAAUCAACUUCAAUUAUCGUUAACUACGUAGACUAGCUUCUCCUUGUUUUCGUUGCUUUUUUCGUUGUCUGUUUUUUUUAGUGCUCUAAUCAAAUCUGCAUUAGUAAUCGUUCGACUUAUGAACGAUCAUUUGAAUAAUUUAGAAAUUCGUAUUUGUUGUUGGAAUUCCACACUUUAGUUUGUUUUAUUUUACUUCGAAAUUGCUAUUGGGAGAUUUAUUAAAGGUGGAAGAUGUUUUUUGAAAAAAACAGUUAGGGUGAAAUAAAUUAAGAGGAUGUUAACCAUACCUCUUUUUUAAGGUCUUAGGCUACAUAAGAUGCUUUUUCUGUUUUUUUGUUAAUCUUUCAAGCUUUUAAGUGUUUAUUUUGCUCUUCAAUUUUUGAUACAAUCUUAUACUUACUUUAUUUUUAGCACCACUGAUGAAAAAUAAAGUUCCAACCUUGUUCUGACUCAUAUCGCCGUACUUAUUAAUUAUAUGUGCUUAGUGGCGAAGCAGCAAAUACCAAUUUCUAGUCUUUGGUUUGACGGGAAUCUACUUCUUGAAAUCCGGCAUUCAAGGCAAGAAUGCUACAACAAUCAACACUACUUAUACUUUAUUACAGACAAAAAAUAAUUCGCUCUUACCUUGAUAGUUUUGCUAACAAAGCAAAUUUAUCCCUAAAUUGCAUAAAGAAGUAUGCAAUUCUGAAAAAUAUAGCUUCAGAUGGCUUUGCUUACAUCAAUAAACGUAAGGUAAAACAUACUGUAAUUCAGAGAAGAUCAUGAAAACUUUCAUAUCGAAUGAAAGUUGCAUGGUGGUCAUGUUUUGUAUCCUUAAUUAAGCUAAUGAAAAAUAGUUGUAGAGGGUUUUCCAUGUUUCAUUCAUUCUAUAAGGUUUAACAACAGUAGGUUAUGUAGUUUUAGGGAAGAUGCAAAUGUGAUUUUUCUUAGGAAUAAUUGAAAGUAUUUCUUUAUUUCAAACUUAAAUCUGAGAUAAAAAUAGAUGAAUACUUGUUUAAAGAAACCAGGAGUUCGUAUCUAAAUUUCGGAUAGGUUACCAUACCCUAGAAUUGGAAAUUAGGAGAUAUAAUAAUAUACCUAGAGACGAUAGUAAAUGUUUAGAAAGGAGAAGCUGCAUCUGUGGUUUCAUUAGUGUCUAGUUCAGGGGAAUAUAUUUAUCAUGUAAAUGGGACCAUAUCUGAAAAUGUUUGAUUGUUAACGGAAAGAACAUAAACAAUACACCUGUAAGUGAAAGAUCUAAUUCUUUGAUCUUCUUGUUUUACACGUGACUGUAGGAACUCUGACUCAUUCGAAAAUAAGAAAUGGUCGGCCAGGAGGGUGCACAGUUGGUUCUCAUAGGAAUUCCGACAACUUACUGGAAAAUUAUACCUCCGAAUUCAACAAAUACGUUCUCCAGAAAAUCUCCAGCAUACUGAUCACAUGUUCUUCAGUGUAGCAUGUCUUAUUUUUGGGUUAACAUUUCUCUGAAAGUCAUAGAAAAUAUUUUCAGAUACUUACAUGUACCAACAUGUUAGUGGAUAAAAAUGUUUUCUACUAAAGGUAGAUUCAAUCUAUACCGCCAUCUUGGAUUGUACAAUAGCAGUCUAGUUCUUUGCCUAAAUCUUCAAAUUCUGAGACAGAAUUGAAAUUAAUGCGUAAGACUGCUUAUUUGUAUAAAGACAAAUAGGUGAUUCAUUGCAUUAUCCAAAAUGUUUAAACAAAACCAAAUAUUUAUGAUUUUAGAAUCAAUUUUUCAACUUGGCUAUUUAAGGGGAGAUAACUCUGAUAGUAAAUAUAUACUAGAAUGAUAGUUAAUAAAAAUUACCAAGUGUGCCUACUUGGGAACUUUAAUGCCCAUACAGGGAUUCAUGAUGACUUUAUUAUUGUAUAUGAUACAAUCCUAGACAGCCUGCUGAUUGACCAGAAUUCCAGAAAAUAUAUGAACAGUAUUAAUGCUCUGUAUGAAUUAGGUAUCCCAAUUAAGCGUUCUUCGAAGGACAUUUCAAAUAUAAAUAAUUAGGGACAUCAAUUAUUGGAAUUUUGUAAAAAUUUAGAUCUGUAUAUUGUUAAUAGUAGAAUUAGUAAUGAUCAAUUUGUAGGGCUGUUACAACAAGUAAAAACACACUUAUUGAUUAUGCAAUUGUGUCACCUAUGUUAUUUAAAUGUAUUUCAUACUUCAAUAUUGCAAAUUUUGAUCCAAUUUUGAGUGAUAUUCAUUGUCCAGUUAUCAUAAAUGUUGAUACUUCUGUAAUACUUGAACCUGUUGAUAGUCAGUCUAAUGAUGCCAAUGUUUCACAUGAUGAUAAUAGCCAUGUUGUAUACAAAUCAAAAUGGAAGAAUAAUAAUGCAAAUGUAUUUUUUGAAAAUUUGAAUGAUGAAAUUAUUCAUGAUUUAGUUGAAAAACUUGAAAAUCUAGAUGUUAAUAAUAUUAAUGUUGAAACUGUCAACAAUGUAGUAUUGAAUUGUAAUUCAAUUAUUAAAAAUGCUGCUGAUAAAGCUGACAUGAUUGUAGAAUUCAAACCCAAGAAUAAACCUGGUGUUGGGUAAAAAAAUGUAAACCUUAUUUUAAUCAAGAUUGUUAUUUAAAACGUAAAGCAUAUCGUAAAUGUAAAAAUCUUCACUGGAGAUUACAAAGGGCUGAAACAAAAGAAAAUAAUAUUGCUAGUAGUAGAGAGUAUAAACGUACGCUAAACAAGCAGUUUAGAGAAUAUCAGAAGUCUGUUAUAGACAAAUUGAAAAACUUGCAUAAAUCUGAUUCGAAAGCGUAAACGUACUGGUCUCUUUUGAACAAAAGUGAUACAAAGGGCAACAAAGCUGUAAAUAAGAUUGCUAUGGAUGUAUUUUAUGAUCAUUUUAAUAAUCUUAAUGCUCUUGAUGAGCAGGAUGAUAACGAUAUUGUAUUACCUAAUAAUAUUACUGAUUAUAAUAUUGAAUUAAAUCAAUAUAUUACUGAAGACGAAGUAUUAUAUGCUGUCAAAUCAUUGAAAAAUAAUAAAGCAUGUGGUGGUGAUCUUAUAUUGAAUGAAUUUUUGAAAUAUGCUACAGUAAAGUUAAUGCCUGUUUUGUAAGAAUAUUUAAUAUUGUAUUUCACAGUUGUAUUAUACCUGAUAGUUGGUCAGAAGGUUAUAUAUGUCCAAUAUUUAAGAAUAAAG